GGUGGCUGUUGAGCGGAGCGGUGCUCGCCGUACGGCGGUCCACAGAUUGCGCCACCUGGCGGAGAUACUGCGGCCGCAGAGAAGAGUGCGCCGCCGGCAUUCCUCACUUAGUCGGCGGCUGGAGGCAAAGCCUUGUUUUGCAAUGGAUGAAACGCAGCCCGGCCCCUCGGUUUGGAGACCCCAACCGCUUCCAGCUGAAGGAUGGGCCGCGGGGCUGGGUUUCGCACAGUACGUACCGCAGCAUCGUCUCCCGGGCCAGCACAGCCGCGGGGAUGCCGUCAGAUCCCGGUGGGCCAGAAGCCACUACCUUAGGCUGGCGUGGUUCAUCGAAGUGGCCUGCAGAAGAUUAGGAGAGUUUCGUGAGAAAGUGAAAAAGAUUGCGGAAAACCUUGAAAAGUAUCACGUAGAUACAACGUUAAAGGCGAGCCGGGUGGAUGCUGUGUUGCGAAAAAAGACGACGAAAUACAUCUCGUCUGUCCUCACGAUUGUGUCAGAAUUGGAAGCUGCGCAGGCAGAGAUCGUCUACGUUCUAGAGAGUGGCGAACUGGACGAGGUGUCAGAAGGAGAGUACGAGCGAACUGGCGAGGUGCUGGUUACAUUGCCGAGAUGUCCUGCUUCUCUCGGGUGCAGUCGCAGCGUUGGACGUAAGACGAUGUGGCUGUUAUGCGGAACCUGGGGGCAGAAACAUCUCAGCAGUGAGACUGAAGCUUCGUUCCUUCAGACAACAUCAUUUGAUAUAUCAGAUGAACUGCAAUCAGAUUCGGAGCAAGAGGAAGAGCAGCCAUUUGCUAAUAACGCCGCAGGACACCACAAUAGUAAUGGCAACGCAGGUGCUACUGUUGUAUGCGGAGACACUGAAACAAUGAGAGAUGGGGAUGGACUCGGAAAGGAGAGCUCAGAAAUCACAGUCGAUGAUGAAGAAUCGGACGGGUCGUCACUUUACAGUACGGUGCUAAAGUUGUGCCGGCUGCACGCAGCCGUGCGGAGAACGCUCCUCUUCCAUACUAAGAACCUGCGCGCCAAGCUGAAAGAGCGCGGUCGGAUGCAGGAGGUCCUCCUCGGGCGCAGACUGACGCAGCUGAUGGUGGCGCACCAGAUGAACGCAGUGUGCGGCGUGGAGGGGGAGGUGCGAGAUGCCGUGCUCCAGAUGGCGUUCCACGCCGAAGCUCUCCAGAAGUUCGGCGCUGAGGUGUGGCCUGGCGAGCCGUCUUCGGAGGCAGCCUCGAUCAGACGUUCCACUAUCGCUGACCUUCAGCAGUCAAGAAAGCAGCGCUCAAUCGUCUGGAGAGUGUGUAGCCUGUUCUGCUGUGUACGAAGACGCUGCUAAGUGCAACAUCCACACAGUGUCGGGUUUGGUCACUGCUUGCAACUGUCUAUGGAAGAGUCAAGACAUAUCUGAAGUGCAUCAACAGUUUUUAGCUCUAGUUCUAAUAACUUCCACUUACAACCAGUUUCACAUACUGACUGACAAUCGUAUCCCAUCAAGCACGUGGUUUGUUUCAUAGUACAUCAUCGAGAAUUUGAAGACGAAUUGGUCUAGCCUACCGCAUGUCAAUAUUUGCUGAGUACUUAGUUUACAAUUAGUGCAUGUACGCUAUUUAUGCAUGUUAAACGAUCUCUAUAUUGUUGGAUGUGUCCUGUCCUCUCUAAUGUAGCAAUGUUUUAUAGUUCAACCAUUCCCUGUAUUCGGGUGUUCUUGUCGCGAGGCUAUCGACUCUUCAUAUUGAGAAUGUAUUACUUAAUAAAAGUAUUGUCCAUUGCA